AUGGCAGUGUCCACCGCGGUGGCUGUACUGGCUGCCCUGGGCGGGGCGCUGUGGCUGGCGGCCCGGCGGUUUGUAGGGUCCGGGGUCCAGAGGCUGCGCAGAGGGGGAGAUCCCGCCCUCAUGCACGGGAAGACAGUGCUGAUCACUGGGGCGAACAGCGGCCUGGGCCGUGCCACGGCCGCCGAGCUACUACGGCUGGGGGCGCGGGUGAUCAUGGGCUGCCGGGACCGCGCGCGCGCUGAGGAGGCGGCGGGUCAGCUCCGCCGCGAGCUCCGCCAGGCCGUGGAGUGCGGUCCAGAGCCCGGCGUCAGCGGGGCGGGCGAGCUCGUAGUGCGGGAGCUGGACCUCGCCUCCCUGCGCUCAGUGCGCGCCUUCUGCCAGGAGAUGCUCCAGGAAGAGCCUCGGCUGGAUGUCUUGAUCAAUAAUGCAGGGAUCUUCCAGUGCCCUUACAUGAAGACUGAAGAUGGGUUUGAGAUGCAGUUCGGAGUGAACCAUCUGGGGCACUUUCUACUCACCAAUCUUCUCCUUGGACUCCUCAAAAGUUCAGCUCCCAGCAGGAUUGUUGUAGUUUCUUCCAAACUUUAUAAAUAUGGAGAUAUCAACUUUGAUGACUUAAAUAGUGAACAAAGCUAUAAUAAAAGCUUUUGUUAUAGCCGGAGCAAACUGGCUAACAUUCUUUUUACCAGGGAACUAGCCCGCCGCUUAGAAGGCACAAAUGUCACCGUCAAUGUGUUGCAUCCUGGUAUUGUACGGACGAAUCUGGGGAGGCACAUACAUAUUCCACUGUUGGUCAAACCACUCUUCAAUUUGGUGUCAUGGGCUUUUUUCAAAACUCCAGUAGAAGGUGCCCAGACUUCCAUUUAUUUGGCCUCUUCACCUGAGGUAGAAGGAGUGUCAGGAAGAUACUUUGGUGAUUGUAAAGAGGAAGAACUAUUGCCCAAAGCUAUGGAUGAAUCUGUUGCAAGAAAACUCUGGGAUAUCAGUGAAGUGAUGGUUGGCAUACUAAAAUAAGAACAAGCAGUAAAAGAGCUAUUUAUAAAACUACCUAUCAGUUAUAUCUGUGAUCAGGAAUGGUGUGGCUUGAGUACUUGUUACUUGAAGUAAAAGAAUUUUGGUAUUGCAAUAGCACUGCUAAGAGGUACAUGUGAAUGUUUUGGAGUUAUUGAAAAAUUUUGGGGAUAACAAAAUUUGAGCAAAGAUGUUUUAAAUAUAUAGUAAAUAUAAUGAAUAAUAAGUAUAAUGAAAAAUAUAUUGUAAAAUUAUAACUGGGUAAGCAUGAAUGGCAAAUAUUAAUAUUUAUCAGAAUUAAGUGACUCAAAGUGCUAUUCAAGAGGUUUUUCAAGUAUCUUUGAGUUUCAUGGCCAAAGCAUUAACUAUUUUUACGACGAUGCUUAUUUUUGUGUAGAAAUAAUCUCCCUGGUGUGUGCACACAAGUCUUACUUGGAAUAAAUUUACUGAUACAGGUUA